CCCGGACGUGGCUGUCAAUCACUGGGUCCCGUCCAUCAAUGCCACCUGUCAGUGCACAUCAAUGCUACAUACCAAUGCCUAUCAGUGCCCAUCUGAGCUGCCUUUCAGUGCCAACUAUCAGUGGCAGUCAGUGACACUUAUCAGUGCUGCCAGUGCCGCCUAUCAGUGCCAUCAGUCAGUGCGUCCUAUCAGUGCCAGUCAGUGCUACCUAUGGGUGGUGCCAAUCAGUGCCGCCUAACAGUGCCAUGCCCAUCAGUGAUGCCUGUCAAUGCCCAUCAGUGCCACCCAUCAUUGCCGCCUAUCAGUGCAGCCUCAUUAACGCACAUCAGUGAAGGAGAAAAAUCACUUAUUUACAAAAUUUUAUAA